GAUACGCUCACUAUACCUACUGUCGUUAGGCCAUCCUGUCCUACAUUCAGAUGUUUGGAGGCAGUCUAUUGGGCUGUCCUUAAGCAUACGUGUCUAAGGUCCGAGUCCCAGUAUGCUAUGCUUGAAUCUGUGGUGACGGAAUAUCUUGAAACACUUAAUAAAAAUUGGUCUCUUUUCGGAAUUCUAGAAUUUGCGCGAUCGAAAUCGAACCCCAAAUUAUCUGUGGCCACAAUCGAUAAAUUCAAAGACGAUAUGUAUAAAAUAUUAAAAAGAUAUCAAGACAAGUGUAAUGUUCAUGUAAAUGCCAAAAACAAGGCAUCAAAGAUUUUAUCGAAUUUUGAAUCAUCAUUUUCCACUGCCGAGGUGAAGCAAUUCAUUAAGGAUCUUGAAUAUAAUGAGGAAGCGCGAAUAAACGUAACAUCAACUUACACUGCCACAGUAUUAAGG